AUGGCAAACCAGGAGAAACAAGGUCAAGUAUCUCAGGGGGCAGAAAAUGAACUAGGGUUGGAUGAAAAUAAUAGUGGGCAGACUUCGAACCCCAUGAAUCAGGGAAUGGAGCCGCAGGGGACAGAUGGAUAUGCGAGAAGUCAACUGGUAAGGAACUUUAUGACUCUCAGGCCUCCUGAGUUCCAGGGAGGGACAGAUGCACUAGCAGCAGAAGACUGGAUGUUGUCUAUAGAGAAGCACCUUCAGACUAUAGGGUGCAAUGAUGCUCAAAAGGUUCAACUGGUGACAUUUCUGUUACGAGGGGAUGCUAAAAGGUGGUGGGAAACCACUAAGCAGAGAUUUAGGGGUAGAGAGCCAUCAUGGGAAGAGUUUAGGGAAGCAUUCAAUGGUACUUAUUUUCUCGCUUGGAUCUGUGACCAGAAAACCUAUGAGUUCAUUGAGUUAACUCAGGAGAACAAGUCAGUAGCGCAGUAUGAAGCGAAGUUUACUUCUCUGGUGAGGUUUGCUCUAGACUUAGUAUCUACAAAUGAGAAGAAGGCAACAAAUUUUCAGCACAGACUACAUGUUAAGAUUAGAUAUCAAUUAGCCGGUGCUCAACUCAUAGAUUAUGCUAUAGUGGUGCAGAGGGCCUACAUAAUUGCGAGGGAAAUAAAUGAGUUGAGAGCAACACAUGCAGCUUCACGAGGAACGAGUUCAUCUCAUAGAUAG